AUGGUUGUUGUUGGAUGUAGGCCUAAUGUGGGUACUUAUGGGUCUUUGAUUGACGGAUUGUGUAAAACGGGGAAGAUAAGUGUUGCUAUUAAGUUGCAUGAAGAGAUGGUUAAUGGGAAUGGAGGAUUUGGUGUUAUUUGUAGGCCAAAUGUUGUUAGUUAUAAUAUUAUAAUUGAUGGCCUUUGUAAGGCUGGAUUAAUUGAGAAGGGUAAGAGUUUAUUUACUGAGAUGAUUCAAAGAGGUGUGGAUCCAAACGUUUAUACCUACAGCAUUUUAAUAAAUGGUUUUUACUUGACAUACAGAAUUGGUGAUGCAAGGGCAUUGUUUGAUUUUAUAACCAGGAAGCGGUAUAGACCUGAUGUUUGCUACACUACUUUAAUCAAUUGGUGUGGCAAGAAUAAAGAAGUCAAAAGAGCUCUUUAUCUUUAUCGAGAGACAAUUUUAAAAGGAAUUAGGCCUGAUGUGAUUACAUAUAGCACCUUGUUAACUGGUCUUUUUCUUAAAGGUAAUGUAAAAGAUGCACGAAAUUUAGUUGGUGAGAUGCGACUUAAUGGUGUUUUUCCUAAUUCCUAG